UAUCUCUCAUCCCAAACAGCAUCUUCCACUCCAUAAAUUGUGUCACUUCUCAUGCUUCCAUUUCAUCAAACAUCAACAAUGGGCUCUUCAUCACUUGUUGCUAGGACUUGCUCCUUCCUAAUCAUGUGUGCUGUAAUAACAGCAUCUUCUUCAUCGGAUUCCAGCGCCUUAAGCCGUCGGAAUCUUCUUGGAAAUGGCAUUGGUUCCACCCCACCAAUGGGAUGGAAUAGUUGGAAUCAUUUCAACUGUAUGAUUGAUGAGAAGAUCAUCAAAGAAACUGCUGAUGCCCUUGUCUCAACUGGCCUUGCUAAAUUGGGAUACAAUUAUGUCAACAUAGAUGAUUGCUGGGCUGAACUCGAACGCGACAGCAAGGGAAGCAUGGUGCCUAAAAAUUCAACAUUUCCUUCUGGAAUUAAGGCCUUAUCUGAUUAUGUCCAUAGCAAAGGUCUUAAGAUAGGAAUCUACUCAGAUGCAGGAUACUUGACUUGCAGCAAGAAAAUGCCCGGUUCGCUCGGGCACGAAGAGAUCGAUGCCAAAACCUUCGCCUCAUGGGGCAUUGAUUAUCUCAAGUAUGACAACUGUAACAAUGGUGGCAUUAAGCCAACUCUGAGGUAUCCGGUGAUGACCCGGGCUCUGAUGAAUACGGGGAGGCCCAUCUUCUUGUCCCUAUGCGAGUGGGGAGAUAUGCACCCGGCACUGUGGGGCUACACCGUGGGGAACAGCUGGCGAACGACUAACGACAUUUCGGAUAAUUGGGACAGCAUGGUGUCAAGGGCUGAUCAGAAUGAGGUUUAUGCAGAGUAUGCUAGGCCUGGUGGAUGGAAUGAUCCGGACAUGCUUGAGGUUGGGAAUGGAGGAAUGACCAAGAAUGAGUACAUUGUUCACUUUAGUAUUUGGGCUAUUUCUAAGGCACCAUUGCUAAUAGGUUGUGAUGUGAGAAAUAUAAGCAAAGAUACCAUGGAGAUUAUAGCCAAUAAGGAGGUCAUUGCACUCAAUCAAGACAAGCUAGGUGUUCAGGCCAAGAAGGUUAGGAUGGAAGGUGAUUGGGAGGUGUGGUCCGGGCCGCUUUCGCACUACAGAAUAGCCGUGUUGCUGCUUAACCGAGGCUCGGUGGCUACUCCAAUCACAGCCCAUUGGGACGACAUAGGCAUCUCCCCGGCUACUUCUGUCAAAGCCAGAGACCUUUGGGAGCACAAGACUCUGACUUCAACAUUUACAGGAAAUUUGACAGCACGUAUAGAUUCUCAUGCUUGCAAGUUGUUUGUAUUGAAGCCUAUUUAUUGAGGUUUCAUUUAAUUGUAGAAUUUCUUAUGGAGGGGAAAUUUCAUUGUAACGACCCGCUAAGCCGAUAUUGUUAGAAACAAUAUUAUUAUCUUGAUUACUUAUAUAAGUAACUUGAAUGCGAUUAAAUUCAAGCUACGAUAAA